GCACAUGCUUCUAUAGUUGGCCCGUUUUUUACUUUGUCUAGGGCAAUGGAUUUUUAAUCUAAUCUUAUUGAUAUUUGAUCAUUUUUUUCCAAAUUUUUGUUGAUAAAUUUAAUUAAUACGCACAUGAAGCUGAAAUUUUUGGGAAUUUUGAAUUUUCAUCAGGGAUUGAAUUUUGGUUUCCAGCUUUAGGGUUUAUUUAUUUUUAAUUUUUUUGUGGUUUUUGUUUGGAGAUAAUUUCGAUGUGUAUUAAUGGGGCUUGGUCUAAGCAAUUUAUUUUCAGUUUUGCUCUGACCUAAAAGUGAAUUUGUGGGUGCCAUCUCCAUCUCUUUCACAUCCACCAGGGUCAGGGUCAGGGAUUGUUGAUUUUUCCUGGAACAUCUUGAUGUGAAUGGAGUUUAUGCUGUUCUAGGUCAAAGGAGAUAUAGAUCGUUGGAUCAGAGUAUAUAUGCAGUAAACUUUCUUGCAAUCACUGAAGAAUUAGCCAGUACUUACUGUGUUUGAUUUAGACCGUUUCAAUUCAAUUGGCUUUCAGAUGCAGCUCGUGUUGACACUUGAUAUUACACACUGAAGGUUCAUACUGUGGUUUCCAUAAUUCUGUACUGUCUUUAAUUGAGGAUAACUUCUAGGUGACUUCUCUCCUUUGGUGAUGGGGACAGAACUUUUUGGACCUUGUGUCAAAGAGGAGAACAUGGAAAUUUCCUCAAUUCCACCUGGUUUUGAGUCACUCGUUCCUUUCACCCUAAAGAGGGUGGAAGAUAAUAAAAUAAGUAGUUACUGUGCUUCUGCUGACACUUCUGGAACACAGACAGUUCAGAUAGAAACAGAGUUUGAGAGUAGUGAUGAUUUGAAAUUCAUGAAGUCCCUUAGACGUAGACCAUGGAUUAACUACAGCCAAUUUGAUAACAAUUCUGGCAAUGAGUCUGAUUCUGAGCAGAACAUUCCUUUAAUGAGCAGCCUCCCAAAAGGGGUUAUCCGUGGAUGUGAAGAGUGUAGCAACUGCCAAAAGGUAACUGCAAAUUGGCAUCCUGAAGAAGCUUGCCGGCCUGAUGUUCAGGAGGCUCCUGUGUUUUAUCCGACUGAAGAGGAGUUUGGAGAUACUUUAAAAUAUAUUGCAAGUAUACGCUCUAAAGCAGAAACAUACGGAAUUUGUCGCAUAGUACCUCCCCCUUCAUGGAAACCUCCUUGUCCUCUGAAGGAAAAGAAUACAUGGGAGACAUCCAAAUUUAGCACUCGUAUCCAGCGUAUUGACAAACUUCAAAAUCGGAAUUCAGUGAGAAAGAUAUUGCAAACUAAUUAUCAGAAGAGGAGGAAAAGAAGAUGUGUGAAAACUGGAAAUGAUCAUGGGGUUGGUAAUGAGGAAAUCGGGGUUCCUGGCGAAGUUGAAGUAUACGAGGCGGAGAGAUUUGGGUUUGAACCUGGUCCUGAAUUUACUCUGGAUGCAUUUCAGAAGUAUGCCGAUGAUUUCAAGGCCCAAUACUUCAGUAAAAACAAUAAUAGUUUAGAUAUGGGAGGUAACACAACCAUGCUAAAGGAGCAGUGGCAGCCGUCGGUGGAGAAUAUUGAGGGUGAGUAUUGGCGUAUGGUGGAAAAACCAACAGAAGAAAUUGAGGUGCUUUACGGAGCUGACUUAGAAACAGGAGAAUUUGGCAGUGGGUUUCCUAAAUAUUCUCAUCAAGCUGGUUCUUCUUCUGACAUCAAAUACGUCAAUUCUGGGUGGAACUUGAAUAACUUACCUAGGCUUCCUGGUUCUGUGCUUUCAUUUGAAAGCAGUGACAUUUCUGGUGUUCUGGUCCCUUGGCUGUAUUUAGGAAUGUGCUUUUCUUCAUUCUGUUGGCAGCAUGUUGAGGACCACCACUUGUACUCAUUAAACUACAUGCAUUGGGGAGCUUCGAAGAUUUGGUAUGGGGUUCCAGGAUCUGAUGCCCUUAAACUGGAAGAAGCCAUGAGGAAACAUUUGCCUGAUCUAUUUGAUGAGCAGCCGGACUUGCUUCAUAAGCUGGUCACACAACUUUCACCGUCCAUUUUAAUAUCUGAGGAAGUGCCUGUCUAUCGAUGUGUUCAGAAUCCAGGAGAAUUUGUUCUUACCUUCCCUCGGGCUUAUCACGCUGGCUUCAACUGCGGCUUUAAUUGUGCUGAAGCCGUUAAUGUCGCUCCAGUUGACUGGUUGCCCCAUGGGCAAAAUGCUAUUGAGCUCUAUUGUGAGCAAGGCAGAAAGACUUCUAUUUCACAUGAUAAACUCUUGCUUGGGGCUGCUAGAGAGGCAGUUAAAGCGAUUUGGGAGCUCAAUUUACUGAGGAAGCAUAAUGCUAAUAAUUUAAGAUGGAAGGAUGCUUGUGGAAAGGAUGGUAUCUUAUCAAAAGCACUCAAGACUCGUGUUGAGAUGGAGCGGGUGCGGAGAGAAUGCCUUUGCAGUUCCUCACAGGCUUUGAAGAUGGAGAGCUCUUUCGAUGCUAAUAGUGAGAGGGAAUGCAAUGUAUGCCAAUUUGAUCUGCAUCUGUCUGCUUCAGGUUGUCACCAUUGUUCACCUGAUAAAUAUGCAUGCUUGAAACAUGCAAAACAGUUGUGUUCAUGUUCUUGGGGCGCUAAGUUUUUCCUUUUCCGUUACGACAUCAAUGAAUUGAACAUAUUGGUUGAAGCAUUGGAAGGGAAGCUAAGUGCAGUAUAUCGAUGGGCAAAGCUAGAUCUUGGACUGGUCCUAAGUUCUCAUGUAUCCAAAGAAAAAUCGAAAGUCCCUGGGCAUACUGGUAAGAUGUCGUAUACUGCUGAAAGAAUGGCACCAAAAGAGAUGAAGGUUAUAUCCAAGACUUGUUCUUUGCAAAAGGAGAAACCAUCUGGAGAGUUAUUGGCUUUUGAAAAGAUGAAGGCAUCAUCCACAUCUUUCAAAUCUUCACUCAAAGUUGAGGCAGAAAAGCAUAGCUUUCCAGGGGAAAAAGAAGACUCUGUACCGUCAGCUCCGAUGAUUGAAACACCAGUGUCUCUGCUCUCACAAGUAAACAUGUCCUCUACUGAAAAUUUAGGUUCAGGGAGAGCUGAAGAGAAGCAGACAUCAUUUCCUGGAAACAAUGAUCUUAUAUGUCUGAGUGAUGAUGAGGGGGAUGAGUCCAGCACAAAGCCUUCGGUUGGAAAAGGUGCUUCUGAAAAGCAUACAGGACAUAUACAGAGGCAAGCUGGCCCUGGUGAUAUGGUGGGUAUGCAUAAUGAUAUUGAACAUUCGUCCUUGACAACGACCAUUAGUGCAUCUGUAUCGUGUGAACUGAUGACUGAAUCUUCUGGUUCAGAGGCUAUAAAAGUUGAAAACCAUAUAGAAGGUGGAAGGCAUCAAAGGCUGUGUUCACCGAAUGAUUCUAUCCAUGGAUCCAGUUUUACUGAUGUAAAUGAUAAUAAACAUAUUGAGAGCUGUCCAAUUGAAAAAGAGACUGUUGAGUUUAAUAAAAAAAAUGCAGAUUUCUGCUUGAAGCCACAAUGUUAUAAUGAUGAAAACCCCAAUAAAGAAGAUGGUCAAAAAAGGUUGGAGUUGGAUCUUAAUCCCAGGCCAAUGGAGAAUGUACAGAGUGGACCAUGUAACCCAUCUGGCUGUCAAAAUAAUUUGGAUAGAUAUUAUCGACAGAAGGGGCCUCGCAUUGCAAAAGUAGUUCGGAGAAUCAAUUGCAAUGUGGAAGCUCUUGACUUCGGAGUUAUUAAUGCUGGAAAGUUAUGGUGUGAUAGUCGGGCCAUUUACCCAAAGGGAUUCAGGAGUCGAGUUAGAUACAUAGAUGCCCUAGAUCCCUCGAAUAUGUGCUACUAUGUCUCUGAAAUUCUUGAUGCUGGACGUGAUGAACCUUUAUUUAUGGUUUCUGUAGAGUAUUGUCCAAGUGAAGUCUUUGUUCAUGUCUCCACUGUCAAAUGCUGGGAAAUGGUUCGCGAUAGAGUAAAUCAAGAGAUCACAAAGCAACAUAAGUUAGGAAAAGUGAAGCUUCCACCUCUGCAGCCUCCUGGAAGUCUUGAUGGCAUGGAAAUGUUUGGAUUUUCUUCUCCAGCAAUUGUACAGGAAAUUCAGGCCAUGGACAAGAAUCGAGUCUGUACAGAUUACUGGAAAUCACGGCCUUUAAUGCAGAUUCCUCAGCAUUCUCAUUCAAGAGACAACUGCAGCGACUUUACUUUGAAGUCUGAGCCCUUGAAUGAUCAAGAAGCUGGGAGAAGCCACCCAUUUCUUUCAGGGGAGGUUAAUGCAAUACUCAAUGGCCUAUUUAAGAAGGCAAAUCCAGAAGAAUUGCAAGCAUUGUACAGUAUUUUGAAGAACAAUAUUCCAACCAAUGAUCAAAGCUUAGUGACCAAGCUUGUUAACGAAGAGAUUCACAGGCGACAAGAUGACUAAUUUCCCAGCCUUACAACUGGAGUUGCAAUUAAUUUUUUUUAACUUUGUACAUGCCCAAGCCCCCCAAGCCCCAGUUUUAGGUUGCAGUAAAUCUGAUCUUGCCCUCCAAUUUUUUGUUUUGGCUAUUAGCUAAGCAGGAUUUUAUCGAGGGCUAUUCAUGUGGCUAUCCUUAUAUUCACUUGCCAUGGUAAAAAAAUCAGCAAUUCUUUCUUGAUUAUAUGGCUGUGUAAGCUCAAUGAACUGGUUCAGAAUGUCAAUAAUUGAAAAAGCAUUAAAGGAUAUGUAUGCAACUUAGUAUCAGUAUUGACACAUCAUUUUAUGAUGGACUAUUUAUUUUUUAAUACUAAAGAUGACAUCUUAGCAAUA